CUCCUCCUCUCCUUGCAGAUCUCCAGCUCCUACACGACCACCACCACCAUCACAGCGCCUCCCUCUGGCGGCCUGCAGAAUGGCGGCGAGAAGGUGGCGAAAAUGCCUCUGUACUCAGAGGAAGACAUCCGUCCUGAAAUGAAAGAUGACAUUCGCGACCCCAACUAUGAGGACGAGGAGGGCCCUGCUCCCAAGCUGGAGUAUGUCUGGAGAAACAUCAUCCUCAUGGCUCUGCUGCACGUGGGAGCCCUGUAUGGGGUGACACUGCUUCCCACCUGCAAGUUCUAUACCUGGCUGUGGGGUAAGCAGGUUCUCUACUUCUGGUUAGUGCCCCAGGGUGCUCCUGUCUGUUAAGAGAUGGGGACUUACAUCUGGCCCCUCUCUGUCCACAGUUCCCAGCCGUCUCUGGUGGCCCAGGAGGCCCAGAAGGCU